UGCUGUUUGGCGGUUUUCAUAUUUAAAACAUGUUUGGCUCCAACAACAUGUUGCCACAACACAUGCACCUUUUAGGGAUUGAAAUGAUCCGUUCAAGAACUGGCAAGAUUAGUGGUCAGAACAGUUCAAGAAGGAACAGAAUUUAUAGAUGUUUUGAGAAAUUGAAAGAGAUUGAUUAGAGGGAAAGAAAAUACAAUGACAGUUGAGGAGGAACAAAAGGCUGUUGUGAAGAAAAAUGUAUUGGUUGGCAUUCAAAUGGACAGCCAUAGCAGAGAGCUGCUCAGCUGGGCUCUUGUGAAAGUAGCUGAGCCUGGAGAUUGCGUGGUUGCAGUUCAUGUUUGUCGAAGUUCUGAUCAGGCUUCAAAAAACAAGAACUUGUUGGAUGGUUAUUUAGAAGUUUAUGAAGGCCUUUGUAGUGUAAAGAAGGUUGAUCUCAGCGGUCAGAUAUUCACAGGAAGUUCAGUGAGAAAGGUUCUGGUGAGAGAGGCAAAGAGCCAUGCUGCUGUGGCUGUAGUUGUAGGGAUAAGCAAGCAAAGCGCUCUCGGGGGUUGGGCUUCCAUGGCGAAAUAUUGCACCAAGAGAUUGCCUUCAACGACCGAUGUUUUGGCUAUCCACAAUGGGAAAAUUGUCUUCAGAAGGUUCACCAAUAGCCAACUACCAGGCCUUAAAGGAGAUCCAAAACCAAAUUUGAGUGUAAUGCAAGUUCCCACUUCCAAAGAAUGCCAAUCUGAAUUUGGUGACUCUGAGACAGAGUCACAGAUAUCCACUUCUAAAGUGGUUCAAAACUCAAUUGAUGAAGACUUGAAGGAUGAAGUUUUCAACCAUGCCUGCAAAAGCAACCAACUUUCUUUGAGAUCGACUUCUUUAUAUGCAGGAGACCGUUCGGAGCAAAGCCAGCUUGGUUGGCCGUUACUCCGCAGAGCUAGUUCAUCAAGUCCACGAGCCCCACAUGGAAGGAACAUGUCUGUGGUGCAGUGGGUAAUGAGCUUACCAGAUCGUUCCCCACAGCUAAGUCCUCAAUGUUCAACUAUUGAAGAGAGCCCAUUUGAAGGAGAUAUCAAUGACAUUUUGGAUGAGAGUACUGAAACAGGUGUAUCUGCUUUGUUUGAGCUACCAAAAGGUUUGGAGCAUCUCCUCAAAACAGACUCAUCAGUUUGCAAAUGGUUCGGUCAUGAGGUUCUGAAAACUUCAACUUCUCAUUUCUCCUCAGAAAAUAUGAUUGGGAAAGGAGGUUGUAACCGUGUAUAUAAGGGGAUUCUCCCAGAUGGCAAGCCAGUGGCAGUAAAGAUUCUGCAAUCAAGCAAAGAAGCAUGGAAGGAUUUCGCACGUGAAGUUGAUAUCAUCUCCUCAUUGAAGCACAAACACAUCACGGCCUUGCUUGGGGCUUGCAUGGAAGAUAAUGCUCUAAUCUCGGUUUAUGACUUCUUUCCUAGAGGAAGCUUAGAGGAAAACCUACACGGUAAAAGCAAAGAUAAAUCCAUAUUAUCAUGGGAAGUGAGAUUUAACAUAGCUGUUGGGAUUGCUGAAGCUCUAAAUUACCUGCAUAAUGAAUGUUCUCGGCCUGUUAUUCAUAGAGACGUCAAGUCUUCAAACAUUCUUCUCUCCAACGGGCUUGAACCACAUUUAUCUGACUUUGGGCUCGCGAUUUGGGGACCGACAAAUUCUUCGUUUGUGACUCAACGCGAUGUAUUAGGAACAUUUGGUUACCUUGCUCCUGAAUAUUUCAUGUAUGGGAAAGUAAGUGACAAGAUUGAUGUGUAUGCAUUUGGUGUAGUGCUUCUUGAAUUGAUUUCAGGAAGAAAACCAAUUAGCUCCGAGACUCCCAAAGGACAAGAGAGCUUGGUCAUGUGGGCAAAGCCAAUAAUAGAGAGUGAAGAUGUAAAAGGUAUAUUGGAUCCAAACUUGGAUGGAAAAUAUGAUGAGGUUCAGCUGCAGAGAAUGGUUCUUGCAGCAACACUAUGCAUCACACGGGCAGCUAGGCUUCGGCCUAAAAUGAGCCAGAUGCUAAAGCUCCUAAAAGGAGAUAAAUAUGUCGAAGGUGAUCCAAAGGACUUGGAAAGCCAGGACAAUAAUGACGAUGAGGUUUAUCCAAAUUCUAGUGCAGAGUUACAUUUGAGUCUUGCAUUGCUUGAUGUUGACGAUGAUUCCACAUCAUAUAGUAGUCUGGAGCAGAGAAACAGUCUUUCUUCAGAAGAAUACUUGAAAGGAAGAUGGAGCAGAUCAUCCAGCUUUGAUUAGCUUUAGUUGUACUUUCCAAAAUACUUCUUUUGUUGCAAACAAAAAAGAGGGCUAAAACUAAACUUUGUCAGAUGAGUAGUUUUUACUGUACAGUUGAGGAAAAAAAUGUUGGCACCCGACUGUGAGGUGGUUUAUAGAUGUAAAAUGUAAAAGUCCCAUUUAAUGUGAUAUUAUGAUAGGAUCAGCCCUUUACUUAUCAACAGCUAAAUGUCACAGAAUCUUGAGACAAACUUCAGAAUUUUGUAAAAGUUGAGCUUGUGAUGCUUAAUGGCCAA